CAGGAGCCGACCGGCAGGCUGAGCGAGCUGAGGCUGCGCAUGACUGGCGCCGAGUUCUGCGCGAGCUACCCGGUGGCCGAGGUGUCGGGGUGCGACUCCCGGGCCCCCGGCGCGUGCGGGCAGCGGCUUCUCCAGCCGGGCCACGGCCAGGCCGGCACCUUCGAGCUCAAGUCGGAGAUGACGGCGGCCACCGUGCUCGCGAACUGGACGGAGCUCCAGGGGGCGCCGACGUCGACCCUGUCCUCGGUCGUGAUCUACGUGCGCAGGUUCGACCUGGACGGGCCCUACCUGCCCUACGCCUGCCACCACCAGGAGGGCAUCCUCGUGGCGUGAGGCAGCGCAUGCGCGCGCGCGCCCGCCCAGAUGCGAAGCGCCGCGCAGCGGUGUCACAGAGUGCCGGUGGUGCACAUGUUCAUAGCGCGUCUGCGUGGCGCCCUGCCUGGCGGAGCAUCCUCCUCCCUUCGAAGAGGAGAGCAUGCCGUGAACAUGAAAGCCAGAGGUCUGCGCGGAGCUCAGAA